GCGCUACAUACGAAAGGGAUAUGAUAUUCCAUAUACACAGCAAGCGAGUCCGACAUCUUUGACAAUGACCACCUGGGCUCAAGCCAUUCAUCACCCUUGGUUCGAUCCGUCACCUCUAAAGCGUAAAAGCUCUACCGCAGACGACGAGCGUCGUCCAUCGCCCUAUCAGCGCUCGUCACCAAGCCCCACGAGCGGCGCCAAGCGACGCAAAUUCGACACACUCGAGCAUGGGUUCGCCCACCUCACGCUCGCCUCUGCGCCGGUUCACCCCACAGCGAGUGGGCUGGUGAUUACGCCCAUUCAUCCCACCGCUUCAUCCCCAGAAACUACAGUAUUUUCACCUGCUAGUGUUGUCCUCCCCAGCUCUGUCGAGGAACCGCCGCACGAAACUGAGGCAUUUGCGCCCGAGGUGAGCAUGGACGAGGGAGACUCCUCCAAGUUGCACAACAAGGCCCCGCGUUUUUCGAUAUCGACGCCUUUGCUUCGGCGCAUACGAAGACACCAUACGGCUCCCCAGCCUAUCAUUCCCAUUUCAUCGCCAAGCACGGCUGCUGGGGCUGUUAUAUUAUAUCGGCCCUUGCGGCCGCUCUCCCCCUCGCCCAAAGUCGAAGAACAAGCGGGGGAGUCUGUAGAGGAGAUCAUCACAUGCGGUGCUGCUGCCAGCGUUGAGGUUGACGAUGACGCGAUGGACAUAGAGUAGAACCACGUCACAUACGCAUUCGCACCCUUUGCUUUCGUACUUAUUAAUAUCCUAACGAAAAAUCGACUCUACAAAGAAACGAACCGCUCAU